AUGGAAUGGAAAGAGAAGUUGAGAGCAAGAGAAGAGGAACACAAGAGAACAAAAGAGAAGCAUGAUAAUGAAGUAAAAGAACAGGAAGAAAAACAGGAACAAAUGAAAAGAAACUUUGAAAAAGAAAGAGAAGAUGAAAGACGUAAAAGAGAAGAGGAAAAAGGACAGUGGAAAGAAACUGAAAGAAGAGAAAGAGAGCAGAGAGAGCGAGAGUAUGAGGAAUACAAACUAAAAAUGAAGAAAGAGUAUGAAGAACGAGAAAGAAUUAGAAAAGAAGAGUGGGAGAGAAGAACCAGUGAGGACAAUGAGAGAAGAGAAGAAGACAGACAGAGGAUAAAGAGACUAAAAGAGGAAAUUGAGAGAGAAAGACAGGAAGAGAUCAAGAGAAGAGAGAAAGAAGACAGAGACAGAAGAGAGAAAGAAGAACGAGAGCGUGAGGAAAUGAAAAAGAACUACGAGAAGAAAGAGCUGGACAUGAAGAGCAAAUAUGAAGAUGAGGCUAGAAGACAAGCUGAGCAAUUUAGUGAUGUUAAAGCUCAGUUAGAAAAACGCAUAAAGGAGCUGAUUACCAAACACCAGAUAGAUUAUGAACUUCUCAAUGAUCUGUACCGCGGUACACAGAAACAACAUGAUCAGUUUAAACAGAGCAAGGAGGAAACAAGGGGUGAAGUACGUGAGAAAGUAAAAAAGCAUGAAUGUACUAUUGCCUGAAAACAACUGCUUCUGUAUGGGUAUUAUUGUCUUGAUAUUUACAAUUUAACAACACAAA